UCGAAUCUUCUUAUCCAAGAGUUGAAACAUAGAUAAUACAUUUACAACUCGACCAAGCUAAGUUUGCACCUCGCUGGAAUGCGGCGCUCCGCCCGCUUCCCCGCUUACCUUCCCGCAAUCGCCCCGUCGCGUUAGUACGGUUAGCAUCUUUGUCGCCGACCCGCGUCAUACGUGUUUUCGUCUCCCUAUCCGUUGAAUUUUAAUUUUUUUAGCUGUUCUUGUUAGGUUUUUUGUUGAAGUUUAGUUAUAUUAAUGGACUAUUUUUGUUAAGUUUUUGUUGAGCUGUUUUUACUGAACGCUUAACGUUCUUUUUUUACUUCGAGAGGAUUGUUGUGUGCCACAAAAAUGAAAGGAAAGGUCAUACACCGUGAAGGGAGAAACAUAAUCCUGAAUAGGAAGCAUAAACGAAAAUUAUUACUGAGCAAUUGGGAUACAAAUUUAAAAAGUGCAAGAACGCCCGGGUGGUCUUAAUACAAAAACCCGUUAUCGCUAUAUUCUAAUGUACCUAUGUAUAAUAUAUUGUUAAAAACAAUAAAUGCAAAGUAAAAUCUAACAAACAUUUGUUUACAUUUUUAAAGUCUUAGCGAAUCCUUUUUUCAGACCAUUUUUUUUUAUGAUUGAAUGAUUACUAGUGGCCCGAUGGCCUUUCCGGUUUCACCAGGACAAGUGGGCGAGCAAAUUCUCACCCAGGAGGGGUGGGGUUUGCUAACAACUGCCCGAGCGCCUCCGAAGGAGACCUAACAACUCAAGAGCAAUUGCUUCGCGAAUGAAUCUACUACCGGAUCGGAAUCGCGACCCCCUGAGAAGAUCUGGUGAUUGUAUCCGGGCUGAUGUAUGGGUUAGGUUGCACGUCGACCUCUUUUUCGAGUUCGACGAGUACGGUUACCGGGGUCCCUAAGCCUACUCCUAGUGCUAGAGCUAAAGGCGUCUAAUGCAAAGGUUGAUUUUCAGACCAUACCUAAGCGGCAGUAUGACGUAAUCGAUGCGAGGUGCAAACUUAGCUUGGUCGAGCUGUAAUAAUAAAUGAGGUACUGGAACCAUAGAUUAUACACGUAAUAUUUGUGUCAAGCUAUAAGCGUAAGGUCAUACGAGGUGCACGACCCGAAAGUUCAGUGCCUUAGUGCAACGACACUUGCGCGCAGGCGCGAUCAUUUAAAUAUCCAAAGAUGGACAUUUCUUUGUCCUAGCUCAUUUAGUAUUUAAUAUAGAUAGUUUAAAUAGAUUUAAGUAGGAUUUCAAUAUAGUAUUUUAUUUACAAUGUUAAGAACAAUUAACAGUAAGGGAACAAGCACGGGCGCUUUUCGCUAUUGUGUCAGAAAGUGAAAUGUUUUUGCAGGGUCGUGUUAUAAUUGUUUGGUUAUCUUGGCUUAUCGGUGGCGUAUGCGGAGUUUUUAUUUUGUUAGUUAUUAUAUGUUACUGCCGCCUAAUGCCUCGUCAUCAGAAAUCAUUAGACGAACAAUAUCUAAAAGAAAAUUACACUAUCAAAGAGAAUCAUGCAUACAGUAAUCAAGACAAUUAUAGAAUGAAACAUGCAGAGGUACAGGUGCAGCGAGUGUCCCGCCCCGCCAGCUACGCCGGAGACCAGGAGGGCAGGAGGGCGCAGUCCUCCCACUGCUACGUGAACAGGGUCCCGGCCCGGCCGCCCGCCGCGCUGCCUCCGCUCCCGCACCACAGCACGCAGUACGCCUCCAGCUCCAUGCUAGAUGAAAUAGACAGUGGUGCGAGUGUAGACGCGCUGAAGACCAGGUCCCUGCCGGCGUUCCUGCGGCCCAAGCCGCGCCCGCUGUCCACCGAGGACGACCUGCAGCAGCUCUACGCGAAGGUGAGUCUCAGCAAGAAGUACAAGAACAGAAUGAGAAACGAACACGCCGCGAUAAUAGCUCUCAGCAAGUCCCACAGCCAGUUCUUAGACGCUGAUGCGGUCAUAGUCUAUGAUCAGAGGACCGCCUUGUGAGUGAAGCCGCACAAGGUUACUUCGAUGACCGGCGACUGUUGAUAGCUUAUGUUUACGUCAAGUUAAGUUUUGAUAACCAGCAACUUAAUCCGGCAAGUGAGCGCUUUUUUUAAUAGAAGCCGGUUCAACACAACAAAAUGUGUUUGAUACUCAAUGCGUGUUUAUUAUGAAAUAAAUAGUAGAGUAAUAAAUACAUACAAUACAAUAGCACGUUAGAUACAACCCUUGACCGUUAGUUCAGUCGUAUUAGUUGUAAAUCUAAUCCUAAACCACUUUCCCAAACAUAUCUGUAACUAGUCAUUAUCUUAGAUUAAUAAUUCAUUUUCUAAAUCAUAAACUAUAAUAGGAGAUAAUAGGAGAUAUAUUAUUUUUAAAAUAAAAAAAUCAUUUGUCGGGAAGGCUUAGUGAUUUACUCGCCGAUCCAUUAGUUGUCGGUGAUAAAAACUUGUAGAUCCGUGAAUUAAAUACACAAACUAACUUAAUUUCUCAUAUCAAAUACAACAACUUUGUAAAGAGCAUAUGUGUGCGAAACACGCGCUCGGUUCGCAAAUUUGUCCCUCAUAACUUUGAAAGGAUUUUCCGCUGAAGAAGUCAUCACAUGGGCCAUGGGAUGGGGCAUUCAUGUCCUCUACUAAACGAUCCCAUGCGACUGGCGAGUAGGUAAGUAUAGGGUAUGGAUGAAGUACAGACGUCCACUGUGGUGCAAUUUGAAAGUGAAUAUACGCAGCAAUAGAGCGGAUAUGGUCUGGUAAAAUAUCAUUAAUGUCAUAUCUGUUUUGGGUUGAUGACACCAAUUAGGUAAUGAACUCAAGUAAGUGCCAUGAUCCCACUCGUCGCGUCUACCUUUUAUAUCACGAAGCAACCGUGCUUUCUAUGAAAGAUUCGACGUCCCCCACUGUCGACUUGGUGGAACGCAUUGUUGAGAUUACGGGCUGUGUAGCCGCCCUUGAAAUACUAUAGGUGUUCUUCUACGCCUAAUAACAAAAGAUGGUAGUUCGUCGAAUGAACAAUUGCAAAGCGCACAACUAAACUAAUACAAUAAUAAUAUCGUAGUAUAGAUAUCGAAGAGUCAAAGCAUAUCUUCAGAAAUGCCACAACCGAUGUUUGGUGUGAAUUGUGCCGUGUAACAUUUGAAUUUUAUUUUGUCAAGUGGUAUUAAGUUUUUCUUUUUCAAAAGUCAAUUUUAUUUAGCUUCGUUUGAGGAUUCUAGUUUUUCCAAUUUAUAAAAGUUAUUAUGGUUCUUAGCAUAAAAUGGAGGUCAAAUUUAAAAGCCACAAUUGAUUUUUUAAUAUUCAAAUUACACAGUUUAAAAAAACAACGUAACGCAAUUUAUACAAUGUAUGGAAAUCGUGAAGACUACGAGUAUAUUGUACGUUGUGUAUUGUGAUUGUAACGCUAAAUGUGAUAAAAUAAACGUUAAAACGGCCUAAAUGCGACAUUUUUGUAUAAUUAUCGUAAGUACAGUCGUGUUAAAACGUCAUUGUCCUGAGAUAUUGUUUCGUUUGAAUUCUCUAUUGUUAUGACUAUAGUUUAUGAACUUAUAAUAUAUUUUAUGUAAAAAUAAAUAUAUUUCUUUGAAUACGUUUGGGAUAUACAAAAGUAUUUGACUCUUCAAGUAUUUAUAUAAAGCUGUUGGUAAGUUAUGCUCAAGAUAUGUUAGUUAAAUUAAAUAUUUUGUAUUUUUAUUAACCUUACGUAUUUAUUACGCGACUGUACAAAUUGUAAAUGUUAACGAAUUUCGUAGAAAUAGCGUUUUGUACGUAACCAUGUUGGUACAUACCCACUAGUUGAAAACUUUGUUAUGUGGUAUUGUAACCUACAACAGAUUACGUAGGCGUCUGCUAAAAUCACCUGAAAAGCUUUUGAAAAGGCUUUGCUUGUGAAUUAGCAACGAACGUUUACAUACCAAAUUAAAAUAUAAUAGAUUUGUUUAAUAUGAAAAAUAAAUGUUUUUGUAAAUUUA